CAUCGUGAUGGCGGCGGCGGCGGCGGCGGGCGCGGGAGGCGGCGAGCGGAGCAGCACCCGCGACCGGCUCCUGGCGGCGCUGGAGGAUCUCGAGCUCCUGGCCAGAGAACUAAUUGAAAUUUUGGCCAUAUCAAGAAACCAGAAGCUUCCACAACCAGGAGAAGAGAGCCAGAUUCUGGAGCUGCUGAUUCAGAGAGAUGGAGAGUUUCAGGAGCUAAUGAAGCUGGCAGUUGAUCAAGGAAAAAUCYACCAUGAAAUGCAACUUUUAGAAAAGGUAGUAGAGAAGAGGGAUAGUGAUAUUCAGCAGCUGCAGAAACAACUAAAAGAAGCAGAACACAUUCUGGCGACAGCUGUUUAUCAAGCAAAGGAGAAGUUGAAAUCAAUUGAAAAAGCAAGAAAAGGUGCCAUUUCAUCUGAAGAAAUAAUUAAAUAUGCRCAUAGGAUCAGUGCUAGCAAUGCUGUUUGUGCCCCUCUGACGUGGGUACCAGGGGACCCCCGUAGACCAUAUCCUACGGAUCUGGAAAUGAGGAGUGGUCUCUUGGGUCAGAUGAACAACCCAUCCACCAAUGGAGUUAAUGGGCACCUACCAGGAGAUGCACUUGCAGCGGGAAGGCUGCCAGACGUGCUGGCUCCUCAGUACCCUUGGCAGUCAAGCGACAUGUCCAUGAACAUGCUACCUCCUAAUCACAGCAACGACUUCUUGCUGGAGCCUCCGGGACACAACAAGGAGAACGAAGACGAUGUGGAAGUGAUGUCGACAGACUCCUCGAGCAGCAGCAGCGACUCGGACUAGGUGCAAGGGGGCAGUAUCCCUGGUAGACCUUUCCUGUGGUGAAGGCAGGUAGGACGCUGUUCGUCACAAACUGCAGCACCCGUCGUCUCGCUGGUGACCCUGUACAGGGAGAAGAUGCAGCUGGCGCAGAAAGAGGGUGACUAAUUUAAAACCGUGGACUUCUAGAUUUUUUUUUUUUUUCCAUUAGAUGCUCAAACAAAAAAGACUGGGAGCUUUGUGCUGGAGGAGAGAUACAAGAUUUCUGGUCAUUAUGUACAUGUGAGUGUGGAUGUUUGCAAGAGACAUGUGCGUGUGUGUGUUUGURUAUAUAUAUAUUUACUAUACAUUAGAGGACAGAAGUUCCUGGGAAAAAAAGGUGUAAGGGGAAUCCCCUUGUAUGUUUGUUAGUAA